GGGAGAUGCGGCCCCGCCGCCGCCGCCGCUGCGUUUGCUUUCACCCGGGUCUCUUCGCUCUCUGCGGCUCCUGCCGCGGCGUGGACCAUGUUGCUCCCCUCGGAUGUGGCUCGGCUGGUUUUGGGUUACUUACAACAAGAAAACCUCACUUCUACCUGCCAGACUUUUAUUUUGGAAAGUUCAAAUUUAAAAGAGUAUGCAGAACAUUGUACUGAUGAAAGUUUCAUCCCAGCCUGCUUACUGUCCUUAUUUGGAAAAAACUUGACCACAAUUUUGAAUGAAUAUGUAGCUAUGAAAGCAAAAGAAACAUCAAAUGACGUCCCAACAAUAAUGUCAUCACUGUGGAAGAAGUUAGACCACACACUUUCUCAAAUCAGGAGCAUGCAAAGUUCCCCAGGAUUUGCUGCUCAUCAGAGAGCUCGAACUAGAAAUGGAAUUGCAGAAAUCAAACGACAGAGAAGGCUUGCAUCUCAAGCAGCUCCUGCCACUUCAGAAGUACUGAUUUUGCCUUACGUUUCAGGACAGUUUACCACUGCUCCUUUGAUAGCUACACAAGAUGGUAAAUCUACUGGCCAAAUUACAGCUCCAUUAAAGUCAAAUUUUGUAGUAGUCAACAAUUCACAAUCACAAGAUAUUGCAACUAAUACAGCUGGAGAAGCACUAAAUACCGUUCCUGGUCCUCAGGAAAGGAAAACUCAUACCAGUUUAAUGUCUCCUGGUAGAAGAAAAAGUGACUCACAAAAGAAAAGUUUCACUUUGUCUGGGCCUCAUUCAACCAUACGGAAUUUCCAGGAUCCAAAUGCCUUUGCAGUAGAAAAACAAAUGGUUAUUGAAAAUGCACGAGAAAAAAUAUUAAGCAACAAAUCACUUCAAGAAAAACUAGCAGAAAACAUUAAUAAAUUUUUGAUUAGUGAUAACAAUAUUGCUCAAGUGCCUAAGCAAACUGACAGCAACCCAACUGAGCCAGAAACUUCAAUUGAUGAACUCCUGGGACUUCCGAGUGAGAUCCACAUGUCUGAAGAAGUUAUACAGGAUAUAUUGGAACAGACAGAAUCAGACCCAGCAUUUCAAGCACUCUUUGAUCUCUUUGACUAUGGUAAAACAAAGAAUAACAAAAAUUUAUCACAAAGCAUUUCCAGUCAGCAUAUGGAAGUCAGUACUAAUAUUGUCCUGGCAGAAGAAACAAAUCCAGCUAUUAAAAGCUCCUUUGAAACAGAAGAAUCUGAUGGUCAACCUAGUCAGCCCCCAUUUUGUACAUCUUAUCAGAAUGAAGAUGUGUUAAGUGCUUUGAAGAAUGACAACGACCAUGAUGUGUUAGGACAGAAAACACAGGAAAAUUUUUCCCAAAUAGGCUCUAGCAUCCAGAAAAAGACUUCUAAAACAUCUGUACCUACUGAACAGAAGUGUAAUCUUGACAUUACCUUUGAGUCAGUGGCAGCUCUCAGUGACUUCAGCCAAAGAGGAAGUCCUGAUGUUGCAUGUAAUCAGCAUUGUACUGAAUUGUACACCAGUCAGAUGGCCACUGGAACUGAAAUGGUUAUGGAGGUUGAGAAGACCUGUUUGUCCCCAAAUAUACCGAAUGAAUGUCAAGUACAGCCUGAUCAGCCUGAUAUACCAAUUACUUCAUUUGUUUCACUAGGUGGUGAAACCAACAAUGAAAACUUAAUUCUCUCUGGGAAAAGUUCUCAACUUUUAUCCCCAAAUACUCCAGUAACUGGAAAGCCAUCUAAAAAAAGUCAGCUUUGUGAAAAUUCUAAUAAUACAGCAAGACUUAAGACAAAUUUCCAUAGUGCUAAGUCACCAGAUUGUAGUGAGACUCACAAGAAUAAAGUUGAAAGUAAUAGUGUACCACCAGUUGCAACAAAACGACUACCAAAUUGCCAAGAUAGUUGUUCACUUGAAAGUAAAAUGUUACCUAUAACCGUUGAAAGCCCAGGCUUAGAUAUAUCUGAGCAAGUAGAAAUUUGCCUGGAAGAUCCAGUUUCUCCAGUGAAACAAGCACCAAAUGAUCCAGCAUCAAUUGAGUUAAAUCCUAUGGAAAAUGAAACUGAGCCACACAAAGCGGAGAAAGUUAUUGUGUAUUCACAAGAGCCUUCAUCUUCCAUGAAAGAAGAUGGAGAUUCUCUUUUUCUCUCUCUGGCUGGAAAUGAAAAUUGUGGCGACAUAGCACUGAUGCCUCCAGAAAGCGAUCCUAUAAAAACUAGUCACUCUCCUUCAGAAGCCGGCAUUUCCUCCAUGGGGAAUUCUCACCCAGAGUCCCAAGGUACUGAUGAUAAACCUUCCAGUGACAACUCAGCAGAGUUGGAUGCAUCAAAUAUUGUCUCUCUUAAAAUUAUAAUUAGUGAUGAUCCAUUUGUUUCCUCAGAUACUGAACUUAACAACGCCGUGUCUAGUAUCAGUGGAGAAAACUUACCAACUAUAAUUUUGUCUUCUCCCAAGUCACCUGCCAAAAGUGCAGAAUUUGUUAAAAGCUUAUCUUCAGAAGAACCGGCAGGUGCCAUUGUUUCUGUUGAAGUUGGAGAUUCAUCCUCAGCAGAGCAGAGCCUCUUAGUACUCAAACCUGAGGACUCAGCAAUAAGCAGUGCUCAGAAUGAAGACAGCAUUGCUUUCUCCACCAGCGUUACCCCGUGUGUUUCCAAGGAUGGAGGAUACAUACAGUUGAUACCUACCACAAGCACAACUUUUGGCAAUUCAAAUAACAUUCUGAUAGCUACUUGUGUGACUGACCCAACAGCCUUGGGAACAACUGUCAGUCAGUCAAAUGUUGUGGUAUUACCUGGGAAUUCUGCCCCUAUCACGACACCUCUUCCUCCACCUCAGUUACAGACCCCACCAAGGUCAAACAGUGUGUUCGCUCUCAACCAAGCUGUGUCACCAAACUUUUCACAAGGCUCUGCUAUCAUAAUUGCUUCUCCAGUGCAGCCCGUACUCCAGGGAAUGGUGGGGAUGAUUCCUGUGUCUGUAGUUGGUCAGAAUGGAAAUACCUUUUCUGCCCCUCCUCAGCAGGUCCUUCAUAUGCCGUUAGCAGCACCUGUGUGCAGUACAAGUAUCCCUCAAUUCCCUGUUCCUCCAAAAUCUCAGAAGACUCAAGGACUAAGAGCAAAGCCUUGUACAGGCAAACAGGUCAAUAAUUUGGCAGAUUCGUCAAGUUACUCAGUUGGAUCUCAAGUACAAAGAACUGAACUUUCUGACAAGAAUAUGGCCACAGAACUGGGGAAAAAAUUGGAAGAAAACACACUUGUACCCUCUGCAGAGAAUUCAGUCCCCGCUGGCAAGCCAGUGGAGCGCCACAGGCGUGUGCUCUGUUUUGAUAGUGCUGCUACUUCUGUGACAAACCCAAAGGUGGUCUCCCAAAAUAAAGACAGGAGUGAGAUUCUCUUUCCUCACCUUGACUCACCCAUUGUGUCCUCCACCUUAAAAUCCCCCUCUAAUAAUGGUUUCAAAAGAGAGAGAGAGAAAACCCCUCUGCCCAAGAUUCUAUCUAAAUCAGAAACUUCCAUUGGCCGGCCUAACACUGUAAGAGAAACUCAACCUGAAAAAAAAGGUUCACCAACAGAAAUGGUGCUUGAAUCUUUCCAUAAAGCAACAGCUAACAAGGAAAAUGAAUUAUGUAGGGAUGUAGAAAGGCAGAAAAAUCCAGACACUUCAAAACUGCCUAUUGGGCAACAAAAUGGGAGUUUACGAAGUGAGAAAACUGUAUCUUCACUGCAAGAAUUGACCAAAAAACAAGCCACAUCCUCAAACAGUAAACAUGUUUCAGUAGGCACAGCUGUGAAGGAUCUCAAACAAGAACAAACUAAAUCUUGCAGUUCUUUGAUUACCACAGAAAUAUUACAGGACGUUCAGUUGCAUAGCCCAGUAAACAGACUCACCGAUAGUGAUUUGCCCAUACCCCGGACUCCUGGCUCAGGAGCAGGGGAAAAGCAUAAAGAAGAACCUACAGAUGGCAUCAAAGUGCCCUCUAGUCGGCGUUUUGGUGAGGACAGCGGUGCUCCCAAAGUCAUGAUUCCUCCUGCUGCCUCGGACUUGCCUGCCUGCAGCCCUGCCAGCGAGACGGGCAGUGAGAACAGCGUCAACAUGGCCGCCCACACCCUGAUGAUUCUCUCCAGAGCGGCCAUCUCCAGGACUUCCACAACCCCCCUGAAAGACAACACGCAGCAGUUUCGAACAUCAUCCAGGAGCACCACAAAAAAGCGGAAAAUUGAGGAGUUAGAUGAACGGGAGCGCAACUCCCGUCCGUCUACUAAAAAUCUCACAAACUCCUCAGUGCCGAUGAAAAAGAAGAAAAUCAAGAAAAAGAAGCUACCUAGUUCAUUUCCAGCUGGAAUGGAUGUGGACAAAUUUUUGUUAUCAUUGCAUUAUGAUGAGUAAAGCACUCUGACUAUAUAAGAACAGUAUAGCAUUUAGAACUAUAAUAUAAUCCCUUUAACAUGAGUGUAGGAAAUGGGAUGCUGACGGAAUCUGAAAACGUGACCUGCACUUUCAUUGUACUGAAAUUUCACUUUAAAUCAUGCUGUUUCUGAAGCAGCUACCUAGUUUGUAAAUAGACUUCCUUGAAAUAAUUUUAUUUUGGCAAAAACGUUUGCAGAAAUGUAAGUAAAGCCAGUCUGCAAAAUUGUAUAGCUUUUGACCAGUGCAUAUUGUAAAUAUUGUACAUAUCUUGUUGAAAUGGAGGUUAAAUUAGCCUAAUGUUCUUACACUGUUUUGUUUUGUUUUGUUUUUACUUGUCAUGAUCCCUUUCUGAGGUUUAUUCACAAAAGUUUCUUACUCCUUUUGGAGGAAAAUGAUGUUUGUCUUUAGAAAUUACUUUCAGUGGUUGUUUAGUAAGAUAUUUGAAUACAUAGCCACUAAGUAAAAACAAAUGGGUCACCAUCUUGACUGGUAGUAAAGUAUUUAAUCAGAAAGCAAUAGUUUGGUGGACUGUUUUUCUAGAGUCAAUACUUUAUAACCCCUUUAUCACCUCAUAAUAGUAGUUUAAAAAAACUAUAUUCCUGAAAUUUUACACUUUAUUCUUUCUGGUCAUUCUGUUCUCUUUGUUUUAAAGAGAGAAUUUUUGUAAACCAUUUGAGUGUUCUGACCUUUUCAUUUAUAUCUUUUAAGAUCUUUUACAGAACAUUAAGUGGUUAAGACUAUUGAGCCAUAAAAAGUUGAGUUAUGUAAUAGUUGAGAUUUAUUGGUAUAUAUAAAAUUUCCCCUAAGCAUCGGGGAUAUAAAGAAUUGCACUAAUUCAUAGAAUUCUUCACAUAGUAGUGACCAAUGCAUAUUUAAUUUAAAUUUUGUGUUCUAUGUUAAAACUUGGCUUGGAGGAUUAUCUUCUGGUGUCCUUUUAGGAAAUCACACCCAUCAUAAGAUGUAAAAAGACAAAUCCUAGCUAUAUUUUAAUCUUAGUUUCUCAUAAAAUGGUUAGGGUGUGUUAAACAACUAUAUCUAUACUUACACCUAGCGCAUUGUUUGUUUCCCUUAAAGUGUUACAGUUACUCUCAAAAAAUUCUUGAGGGGAGUAAGAGAGGUGCCUUCUCUAUUGGACUCAUACAACAGACAAGUUGACCUGGUUUAAACUUUUAAAUAAUAGAAAUAAUUAAUACCUGACCAAUUGUGCCUAGAUAUUAAAGUAUGUUCUCAAGUGCUUUCUGUUUAAUUAAAUGUCAGUAUAUUAGGAUUUUUUUCUACGGGUGUAUAUUUUGUUAAAAUGUCAUUUUCCUCAACCAUUUUUUGUACUGGGCCUUUACAAAAAUAAAUACAUCAUACUCUUAAUGCAACAGUUUUCAAAGUAAAAACGAUGUCUUCUUAAUUGUUGGACUUUACUGCAGAAAUUCUGUUGUAAGAAAUUUUUGAUGUGACAGUGGGCCAUUCCUAAAAACACUAGCUAUCAUGCAGUUAAUAUUUCUAUAUAUAACUCAGCUUGGUAUUAUAUGACAGGUUUGAAAUAAACAUUUUCAUUACCUUCACAAGUUUGAAUCUAUAUUGGCAAGCCUAUCCAGAAACGUUGUUUAAAUUCCCUUUGCAAUUCACAUAAUACUGAAAAUUAGAGAUUUUCUUAUUAAAUUAUAUGUGCUAAGUACUGAGCAUUUAUAUACAAGUAAACCAAGUUAAUUUUCUUCAGGAUUCUUUGUGAACUAGGCAGGAGCCUUUAGGUGGAGUCCAAAGAUAAGUUGUACCAGAAGAUAAACAGUAACCCUCAUUCCUUAUUUAUGAUUUGUGUUGGUCCUGAGACUUGAAUGUGGGCCUGGGUGCUGUCCCUGAACUUUUGCUCAAGGUUGGCA